AUGUCCAGCGCCAGAGAAGGUUGGAACCAGUAUAUGCAUGAUUUUGCCCUAGAGUACCCUCGAUGCACGAUCCUUGCAAACGGAGACUCUGACUGCGGGAGCGAAGGCUGGGCAUUCACUCUUUUCAUCGCUUGGAAUCUCUUGAGCAUGUACAUUUUUGCGAAUCUGUUCGUUGGUGUCGUUGUCGAAAGCUUCUACUAUGUCUUCCAGAUGUCUGGAGGUUCCAAGUCGAUCACGCGCGAGGAGAUGCGAGCCUUCAAGAAGGUGUGGGCCGAAUGCGCGAAUGCCAAAACCGGUUACUUGGAACGCAGCUCCUUCGUUAAGUUCUUCGGCAAAUUGGGCGGUAUAUUUGAGGUCGCGAUAUAUUCCUCAGAGUACAAGAUCCCGAAGAUACUGGUUCGGUGUGCAGAAAACCAGAGAUCGACGAACAUGUGGACGAGCACCGUCGAUGGCGUGGACAUCGACAAGUUGAACGCGACGCUGAGCGGUAUCGAUCGAGCGGCCACUAAGCGCAGGAAAAACUUGUAUAAUCGACUGUUUCACGAGGCUCGUAUAUCACACGAGCCUGGAAAAGGCAUAUCGUUCACCAACAUGUUACUAUUACUGGCUCAUCACAAGCUCAUCGUGGAUCGCGACGCAUUGGUGUAA